UAAUGUGCUUAGCCUUUUAGCUCGAUGGUUUGGCAGCUUUCUUUUAAACUGGAGCUACUUGGAUAAACUGACAGUCUGAAAAGAAAACAUCCUACAAGUAAACUCUGAUUCAUAUGGAAUAGGUCAUUUAAUACUGAGUGACCUAACCAUGCCUCUGUUCUUCAAGAAGAAAAAGCCGAGCGAGGAGUCGAAAAAACGUCUGGAGUAUCAGCUUACCCUGUCUAAAGAAGCUGGUGCAGAUGACAUAUUGGACAUUUCAAACUGUGAGCUUUCUGAGGUUCCAUCAAAUGCUUUCUCUAUCUGCAAGGUGCUCCAAAAGAAGGUGUUCAUUCUACAUGGAAAUGAACUGAGGUCACUGCUGCCCAAAGGCUGCUCCAUCAGCUCUUUAGAAACUAUAAAGGUUCUGGACCUGCAUGAAAACAAGCUCACCUCACUGCCAGACGAUAUUGGACAGCUAUCCUCUCUACAGGUUUUAAAUGCAGAAAAUAAUCAGAUCAAGGCACUUCCUGAGUCUAUAGGGGAUCUUCGAAAUCUACAGACUCUUAAUGUAAAAGGAAACUGUCUCAGUGAGCUGCCCUCAUCAGUGACACGUAUGUGCAGUCUGCGCACACUGGACCUGAGUGAGAACAACAUCAGAGAGCUGCCCAAGGAACUGGCCAAUGCCCGCACCCUGGAGAGUUUAACUCUGGAUUCAUGUGUUAUGAACUACCCACCUGCUUCAGUCUGUACUGCAGGCACAGAGGAAAUUCAACGCUUCCUCUGCUCAGAGCUGGGGCUGGAAUACUGUCCUCCUUCUCAGUACCUGCUGCCUGUUUUGGAGAACAACAGCUGCAAGCAGAGCACAGAUGUUGUGGAUGGCGAGGCUUUAGCCUGGCAGAGCAAAUUCAUGGACUAUGAGAAGAAAAAGGAGCAGAAGCAGCUUGAAAAGCUGAACUUUGAGAAAGAGCUUGAGGAGAAACAGCGAGAGCAGGCACAGUUCCUCCUCUUUAAUAACUCACGCAAAAAGGACAUGCUGCUCUCCGUCAAACUGGAGCAGGAGCGAUUGGAACAGGGUGUCUGCCAGCAGCAGAGGAUCCAGGAAGCUGAAAGGCAGAAGCUGCUGGAGAAAGUUCGGCUUGCUGAAGCUAGCAUUUCCACACGUAUCACUAACCUGCUGCUGGACAACAAACGACAAGCGAAGAGUGCAGAGAUUCUUCAGGCACUGGAGGAGGACCGGAUCCGUAUGGAGCAGCUUACCGCCAUUACACAGGAAGAAGCCAACUCUCUAAGGAAGAGAGAAGUAGCAGUUGCUAUGCAGACCAUGUUAUCAGAGAGCUACUCGCUGAGGCUAUUGCAGGAGGCCAGUGAGACCAGGAGACAGAACAUGGUGUCUGAAGCCUGCAAGAGUAUGGAGAGCUUGGAUAAGAAGUUCGAGCAGGUGUUGGCUUUGCAGCAGCUAGACAAAAGCAAAGCCAUUUGUCAGAUUCUUCAGGAGGAGGAGAUGCAAAAGGCGGCUUUUGAGGCCCUGCAGCUCCAAAAGGACAGUGUACACGGCUACAUCCGCAGUCAGAUAAAGCUAAUUGAGGCAGAGUUAAUGCAGCUGACAAAGCUGGAGAUUAAAAGAAGGAAUCUGGAUGCAGAGAACUUGCAGGAGGCUCUGGCUGAACACAGAACAGCUCUGACUGACAUGCUGCAACAGUUACUGAAGCAGAAGGACCAGAGAGAGAAGGAACUCAAGCAGGUCUUGAUGGAAUUGGAGUUGAAGAGUGACUCCACUCAGCAAAACUACUGGAUGAUUCAGUAUCAGAGGCUGCUGGAUGCCAAGCCGCUGUCGCUACGCAUGCAGGAAACUGGUGUGGAUAAAGACUUGGUGAAUUUGCUGUAUAAGCUUUCAGCUCAACACUACCUGCCAAUCAUAGCGCAUCAUCGAAUCACACCUGAGGCUCUGCGUCACAUGACCAACAAAGAACUCAGCAAGCUGGGAAUCAGCGAGGUGGGAAUACGGAAAUCUCUCCUGCUCUGGGCCAGAGAGCAACCCGGUACUCCUAAAAAGCUGAAAGAGGAACAGGAAGCUGGCCUGUCUUUACCACACCAGCUGACCCCCCCACUGACCCCUAGGACUCCACGUACACCAGUGACCCCUAGCACCCCUUUAACUCCGACAGCCUGUAGCCCAGGAGACACACCCUCUACAUAUGAGUGUGUAGUGUGCAUGGAGGCAGAGUCCCAGAUGGUUUUCUUGCCGUGUGGUCAUGUGUGCUGUUGCCAUGUCUGCAGCGAGGCCCUGCAUUCUUGCCCACUGUGCCGUGGUGCCAUCUCUCAGCGCGUCCGCCUUUACCACGGAUAAAUCUGGAAACCCUCUCUUCUUCACUGCCUGGUCUGCGCCGAUACCCGAAACCCUGUGACAUAUCCAUUUACUACUCAUGCUUAGAAUUUUGGGCUAUCAGUCGUCACACAUUUGGAAUUGAAUGCCUUUGCUGCUUUAUCAGUCAACAGAACAGGAGUGUUUGUAGAGAAAAGGACGUUACUAGGAUAGACGAGAGUAAUUUUAUCUGUUUAUCUGUAUAUUUAAUGUAUGUUAGUGUCCUGAACUUAAUAUCAUUGUUUAAAAUAUUUUUGGUUACUUAAUGCUGGCUGCAUUGGUGUAUAUUUGCACUACUUUAGUACUUGUGCCUUUUUGUAUCUGAUGUCUUUCCCCGUAUUUAAUAUAUUAGCAUAACAAUCUAUACAUCUAUACAUCUAUACAUGAACUUAAAGCCAAAGCUAGAUUAUUACUUAAUCCUCUUACUUUUGGUUAUGUUUGGGUGUGAUUUAAAGGGAUACAGUGUAAAUGCAGUUAUAAUUCAUAGUUUCACACAUUUUAUCCAAAACAUAAUUGUGGUUUCUUGAAGGGUCUACAUCACUACUAUGCACUAGGCAUUAACACCAUACACGAUUUUACAGAUCUUUUCCAAAUAGUCCCGUCCUGGUUUAGUCUUCUCUACUGCAUGAUAGAUACCGACCUGGGGACUAUGGGCUCUUGCUUUCUCUUAGACACAUCAAGCAGCCAUUGCAUGUUUUAAUACUGCAACCAUACAGGAUCACGGGAAUGAACUGCACAAAAUGUCGUUGUACACAAGUAUAAUGACAAUAAAGGUUCUUCUUCCUAUCAUCCCUCUCUCCCCGGGUAAGGCUAAUUAUGGUCUAUUUGUAAUUCUGACCAUGGCAUGGGCAAGGUUCAAACUCACCAAGUUCUAAAACUCUUUUGUGUUAGUUAUGUUUGAUUUGAUUUUCAAGCAAACUACAUCUUCAGUAAUCGCUUUAUCCUUAUCAGGGUUUGCAUGUACACACACACACACACACGGGCAAUUUAGAGCAGCCACUAUGUCCUCUGCAUCUUAUGAUGAGUACUUUGAGUACCCAGAGGAAAUAAUUUCGGCCGUUGGGAAAUCAUGCCAGUUUCGUCACUGGCUGUGACUGCAGGCAGGGAUCAAACUAAGGUUCCCAGCACCCAGACUACAUACUGUACCACUUUGCUGCCCUAACAAAAUCAAAUGUUUGAUUUAAUUGUUUUUGUCCAUUAUGUCCAUUAUCUUGUGCGGCCCUUGUGAUGCAUAACAUUUUAUUUCUGUAUUAAAGAUGGCACAUCUGAGAGCAA